GGAUUGCCAAGAACAUUGACAACACAGGCAAAACAAAUCAAGUCAAAUAUUUAUUUUUCGGACAUAGUUUUUGUGGCUACGAAAAGACGCGGACCUACAGCCGACACCGCAAGUGCAAUUGCAUUGCUUGUGAGAAGUCGAUAUCAAAAUCAAUUGCGGCAUACGGUUAAUAUAGAAUAAUGGCCGAAGUGCGACGCAGAAAGGAGGUGGUCCUCGAUGAGGCUGCUGCUCAAUCUGAGGCUGCGAAGCGCCACUCGUCUGCAGCUGAUUCUUCAGACCAUGUGGACUCUGAGGAGGAGAAAAUUCCCGAGGAGAAGUUCGUCGAGGAGCUGGCCAAGAAUCUGCCCCAGGGCACGGACAAGACACCAGAGCUAUUGGAUUCGGCACUCAAGGAUUUACCCGAUCGCUGGAAGAACUGGGUCAUCCGCGGCAUAUUCACAUGGAUUAUGAUUUGUGGCUUUGCAUUGAUCAUCUACGGCGGUCCGCUGGCCUUAAUGAUCACGACAUUGCUGGUGCAGGUGAAGUGCUUUCAGGAGAUCAUCUCGAUUGGCUACCAAGUCUAUCGCAUACAUGGACUUCCGUGGUUCCGCAGUCUCUCCUGGUACUUUCUGCUCACAUCCAAUUACUUCUUCUAUGGCGAGAAUCUGGUUGACUACUUCGGCGUGGUCAUCAAUCGUGUGGAAUAUCUCAAGUUUCUGGUAACCUACCAUCGAUUCCUCUCGUUCGCCCUGUACAUCAUUGGCUUUGUUUGGUUUGUGCUGUCGCUGGUGAAGAAAUAUUACAUCAAACAGUUUAGCCUGUUUGCCUGGACACACGUCUCGCUGCUGAUUGUCGUCACCCAGAGCUACCUCAUAAUCCAAAACAUAUUCGAGGGGCUCAUUUGGUUCAUUGUGCCCGUAUCGAUGAUUGUCUGCAAUGAUGUCAUGGCGUAUGUGUUUGGUUUCUUCUUUGGCCGCACACCCCUCAUCAAGCUGAGCCCCAAGAAGACCUGGGAGGGCUUCAUUGGUGGUGGUUUUGCCACCGUUCUCUUUGGCAUUCUAUUCUCCUAUUUUCUGUGCAACUACCAGUACUUCAUAUGUCCCAUACAAUACUCUGAGGAGCUGGGUCGCAUGACAAUGAGCUGUGUGCCCAGCUAUCUGUUCACGCCGCAGGAAUACAGCCUGAAGGUGUUUGGCAUUGGCAAGUCCUUGAACGUGUAUCCCUAUAUCUGGCACUCGAUUUCUCUCAGCUUGUUCAGCUCCAUCAUUGGACCAUUCGGCGGUUUCUUUGCUUCCGGUUUUAAGAGAGCUUUCAAGAUCAAGGACUUUGGUGACAUGAUUCCCGGACAUGGCGGCAUCAUGGACCGCUUCGACUGCCAGUUCCUGAUGGCCACCUUUGUCAACGUUUAUAUAUCGAGCUUUAUCAGAACCCCAUCGCCGGCGAAGCUCCUGACACAGAUCUACAAUCUAAAGCCAGAUCAGCAAUACCAAAUCUUUCAAUCGCUCAAGGAUUCCCUGGGCGAACUAAACCUAACCUAAACAAACACACAAAAACUAAAACAAAAACCGGGCAUUGCGGUUACCCAUUACCCAUUAGAUUCAACAGACAACAAAAAAGUGUUUGCUUUAGUCGUACAUUCUCUAUGUGUAAAUGAAAUAUUUAUAUACAUAUAUAUACGCUACUGGUAUAUAUCUGUAAGCAUAUGGCAGCACUUUAAGCCGCCACAUAAACUAGUUUUAAUUAAGAGCAUAAUUAUUGUUAUGUUUUUAGUGCUUACGUUAGAUUUUGUUGCUACAUUUUAAAUGAUUUUUCCCAUACCCCAACAACCCACCCUACCUAAGUUAUAUUCUGAUUUGGAAUUAAGUUCUGUGGUGCUGCUGCUACUGCUCCCCUUCUAUUAAGCGAUUCCAUUAAUUUUAAAGCUUAUGCAGAACAGCAGAUCGAAUGCAAGACGAAGGAUAGCAGAACUAUGAAUUUAACAAUCGAUUGUGCGUGUCGUGUGCAUGUGUUGUUAGUGAAUUUACUUACUAUUACUACUACUACUAUCUAUGACUUAGAGAUUUACAAGGAUAUGGAGGCGAGAGGCUGGAGAGGCACCACAUACAUAGCAUUUUUGAGCCCUUACAUAAUACAUCCACCUGUAACCGAAGAAUUCUUAAUGUAAUGUGUAAUAAUGUGCAAUUCUCUUAUGCCUAUCAUUUAUAUAGUGCAAUAUACUCUACUCUGUCGUACGAGAACCCUAGGGCGUACAACAAUUUUGGUAACUGAAUUCCAGUCAUUUUUAUUUAACAUUUCUUAUUUUCCUUUAAUUCAUUCACUUUUUCACACAAAAAAACCAUAUAUAAUAUAUAUACUAUAUAGAGAAAGUUUCAUAUAUAAAUCCUGUUAUAUACGAAGGUAAUGCGGAUAAGGCAGGUCGGAAAAUGUUUUUAAGCAAAUUAUGUGUACAAAGAAAUCGAAAUUUUCAGUCCUCUAUUAAUGUUACAAAAGAACAAAAAAAUGAGAAUAUGAUUGUAUGUAAAUCCAACUAAAUCUUGAGUGUUUAUUAAAUUCGAUAUAUUUGGGGAAGACCCGUUUCAUGGGCUUUGCCUCCAGGCA